AACGAAGAAAUCAUUCUUGCGAAUAAAUCCUGCCGUACAGUAGACCGAAGUGAGUAUUGCGCGAAGAGUUGAAACCAUUCAUAUAUUCAAGCAAACCUCCAAGCAAAACUUGAAAUUACAUAAAUACAAAAAAAUCGUCAUUUUAUCCUGUUUCUACGCCUGUUCGCAUCGAUUGUAGUUCAAAGCCCUCUCCAAACCUAUUUUAUUUUGAAAGCUGGAAGGACAUUUCCGAAGAACUUUGAAAUCCUGAGCAGAAACAUGUCCGAAGUCGAUCAGUCCAUUGCUGGCAAGAAGGACUGCACGUUGGCUUCAGCCGUCGAGGACGUUGUUGUGCCAAAACGGCCCAAACUCGAGUCUCCUUCACCCCAACCAGAUGGGGUUGAAGUUGAAGACACAGGAGUGGCCAGUCAGUGCACCAUUGAGGGCAACAUUGAACCUGACGACGCCACCAUCCUCAUCAGCUUCAAGUUUCCCACCAGGGAGAGCGACGGAGACCGAGAUGACGAGGAACACGCUUCUCUAAAGGAGCAAGGGGGCGUGGCGUUGGUGGCCGCAGGAAGUCCAGGUUCGGCCGAGGGAUCGCCGGGACUCGCGUCGCCCGCCUGCGAGAAGCGAAAGGCCGAGGAGGACACCAGCAGUGACCUCAAAAAGGCGAAGCUGGAAACAAAAGCGUUGAAGGCCAAAAGACCCGGAUUCACGGAUGACCGCUACAAUGAGACGUCCUACUACAUUGAAAACGGUCUUCGCAAAGUGUACCCGUACUAUUUUACAUUCACCACGUUCACCAAAGGUAGAUGGGUCGGCGAGAAGAUAUUAGACGUCUUUGCUAGAGAAUUCAGAGCCCAUCCAGCCGAGGAAUACGAGAGAUGCAUCAAGGCUGGUACGCUGACUGUGAACUACGAUGCUGUGGAUAUUGACUACAGGUUGAAACACAAUGACCUUCUAGCAAACAUAGUGCACAGGCAUGAAGUCCCCGUGACAGCGCACCAUAUCGCCGUGGUGCACAUGGACCCCGAGCUCGUGGUCGUUGACAAGCCCGCGUCCAUUCCCGUGCACCCGUGCGGUCGCUACCGCCACAACACUGUGGUCUUCAUCCUGGCCAAGGAGUACAAUUUGCGCAACUUGCGCACCAUCCACCGGCUAGACAGACUGACCAGCGGUCUGCUGCUCUUCGGCAGGUCGCCGCGCAAGGCCAGGCAGAUGGAGCAGCAGAUCCGCAACAGGCAGGUCCAGAAGGAAUACGUCUGCAGAGUUGAGGGCAACUUCCCAGAUGAGGAGAUUUGUUGCGCGGAGCCGAUUGAGGUGGUCAGCUACAAGAUAGGGGUGUGCAAAGUGUCGCCAAAGGGCAAGGACUGCAGCACCACUUUCCAGAAACUGAACUUCAACGGUCGCACCAGUGUGGUCCUGUGCAAGCCCCACACCGGACGCAUGCACCAGAUCCGAGUCCACCUGCAGUAUCUUGGAUACCCGGUGGUGAACGACCCCCUGUACAAUCACACCGUAUUUGGGCCUGAAAAGGGCAAGGGUGGCAACAUUGGCAAGACCGAUGAUGAUCUGAUCAGGGACCUGAUCAACAUCCACAACGCCGAGAACUGGCUGGGCAUGGACGGCGACUCUGACCUGAUGAUGAGUCCCGCUCUGGCCUUGCCUAUUCCCAGCGCUGAAUCCUCCGACUCUCAAGAGUCGCCGAGCCCUGGUGAUUCCUCUAGUGAUGAAGCGUCGCACAGCAAAGUGACUGUGGCCACGCAGACGGGACACGAGUCGCCGGACAUGCGAUUCGACGCUGCCAAAAUGAGUCGAGAUCCGCACUGCUACGAGUGCAAAGUUCGUUAUAGGGACCCAAAACCCAAGGACCUUGUCAUGUACCUGCAUGCAUGGAAAUACAGGGGCCCUGGUUGGGAAUAUGAGACGCAGUUGCCAGAGUGGGCGAGAGAUGAUUGGGAAGAGCCCCUGGAAUGAGGGUUUUGGUGUUGAAGAGACGAAAAGCAGGAAGAGCGGCGGUGACGACACGUGCGAGCAUAUCAGCCGAGAAAAUGUAUUGAACCAAAACAUCCCGUCGCCUCUUUGACCGCCGCUAGAAUGCAGUGUGCCUACCACGGACCAUGCGAUUCAAUUUCCCACAGACGUAUAUAAAUAAUUGUUCUGAACCAGAAAAAGUGAUCGACGACCGAGUUUCUACACAAUAUGAUUCUAUAUUUUUGUUCAGAGGAUAGACAAAAAAAAUAUAAAAUAUAUAAAUAAUAAUAAUGUGCUGAUCAACCGCUAAAAAGACAUCGCCAGCAUAAUUUUUAACAAUAAUUAUUGAAAAAAAAAACAUACAUAGCUGUAGAUUGUAACACUGUAAAAAUUAAUGAAUUAAUUAUGUCUACAUUGAAUUUACUCUUUAAGAUGCGCAGUUUUAGAUUUUUCUCGUGUAAUUUCAAGAAUUAAGGCCUAUUCGAGCUUCCUAGUAAAUAUUUUUAUUUGCUGAACGAAAAAUCUUAAACUUGCCGAAUAUUUACAGAAAUGUAUGGAAAAUACGUUUCAAAAUUGAAAUUUAGUUUUACUUUGAAUGUAUUAGGCAGAAUAAUAAUGUAUAAUUUUGCUGAAAAUUAGUUCUAUAGAAUUAGAUAGAUU